UUAAUAUUUCAUCUCAUACUGAUCUCCAGUUUGAGCCCUCAUCUCAAGUCCUAAACUUCAAUACUUUCUUAUCCUUAAAAAGUAACAACGCAUUAUUAUUCUGUCAUCGACUUUUCGCUCAAACUGACCUCAGCGUUGAAGUACAACUAAACAAGAUCGAAGAUAUGGAGGCUGAAAAAACCCAAGAACAGAAACCGAGUAUUAAGGAGUUAUUGGACACUUUUGCCGGCUAUAGUACUCUCCAUGGCUUACAUUUUUUGGCGGAUGCAUCGUCGUAUGUAAGGAAGCUGAUAUGGUUUUUGCUCCUGUGCAGUGCUACGGCGAUUUUUGUCUAUUUGGCAUACUGGGGUUGGACAAAAUGGCGCAAGUACGAAGUAUUCGUAACUACGGAAAUCAAAAUCAACGACGUCAGUUCUUUGCCAUUUCCAGCAGUGACCAUCUGUAACAAAAACAUGAUGAAAAGAAGUAGGAUCCGCGGUACUGAUAGCCAGCGGUAUCUCGACGCACUUGACAAUAUGCGGUCAUAUAAAAAGUACAGUCAAAUGAUGAAUUCUUCCUUUAAUAUCGAACAAGCUGUCCUUGAGAAUGGCCACCAACUUAAAGACAUGGUGAAGGGUUGCUUUGGACCAGAACCUUGCGGCGAAUUUGAUCAUUUCUUUGAUACAUUGUCAGGAUUGUGUUACACAUUCAAUGGCAACGGAAGCUUUAAGCUCAAAAAGAAAGGAGCUUCAUUCGGUAUUAGGUUGCUCCUAGAUGCCGAACCAGACGAAUAUUACGGUCGACUCAAGAGGGACGGUAUUGGAUUAAGUGUCAUGGUACACGACCAAAAUACCCAACCGACAUCAGAGCUGGAUGGAUUCGACAUCCCGACAGGAUUUGCCACAAACUUCAUUCUUAAACGGAAAGAGAUAAUAAGACAGCCUGCCCCGUAUCCAUCCAAAUGCGGUGAGAUAAAACUACAAACGAGAAAGACGUACUCAGAAACCUCAUGUUUCUGGGAGAAGCACACAAUCAAAUCUCUCGAUAAAUGUGGGUGCCGAAUACUUGGGAUGCCCGCCAUUGUCAAAUUCGUGACCAAAUUGAACAAAUUCAUCAAAGAGCACUUAAAACCAUCUUCCCAAAUGAUUCGUACCAGCAAAGUCUGGUUACAGCCAAACGAAAAGGACAAUAAGGUUUUGCUCGAUGGAAAAAACCAUUACAUGUGCGUUUCCAUUUUUCGAGUUGACCCUAUCCUUCGUAUUAGCUAUGUUCGUAAUGCGUAUCAUUCAUAUUCUGCAUAUGUUUCAGCCCACAUAACCUUCGAUCCAAAAGAGUGUCCACCGCCAUGUAAUACAGUGAAAUAUGAUAUCAAAACAUCGUCACUUAUAUACCCUUCCCGGGACGUGUUGGAAAAUGCACCAGACAACAUUAAAAGCAUGUACAAAUCCUCCAAUGGAACAAAUAUAUCGUUUCACGACUGGUACAGGAGCAGGUUUGCUUUUGUUAAUAUAUUCUUCCACUCAGCCGAUACAGAAGUGAUGAGAGAAGUACCCGCAUAUGACUUCGUCGAUUUUGCAGCUGGAUUUGGAGGAAACAUGGGACUGUUUUUAGGAUGCAGUGUUCUGACAUUGCUUGAAUUCAUAGACAUACUUGUCGUGAUAACCUUCGAAUGGUACCGGAAAAAGCAGCGUAAUGUCCAAACAUUCUCAGUCAAGCCUAGAUAAAGAAAAUUCAAUUUUCAACGAAAGCACUGAUAAGUCUUUGAAGAACUCGUUUUGCAGUCAGAACUUGUAGUAAUAAUCAUU